AUGGCUUCCAAUGUCAGAGCGUGCUUUAGAUGCAGGCACAAGAAAAUCAAAUGUGACAUUGCUCGCCCGACUUGCCAGAACUGCCUGAAGGCCAAUACUCCGGGAGACUGCAUCUACGGCGAAGAUGCAGAAUAUCCGAACAUCCGUCUGCUCGAGGAAAAAAUAGGCCUUCUUCAGGGACGCAUUGCCUUCCUCGAGAGUACACCUGACUCCCAGCCGAUCAUGCUACACCAUCCUUAUCCUGCGACUGGCUCGGGCUCGAAUGCGACAGAACAGGUGGAUGAUAGCGGUCGUCGCACUCUUCCGCCUGCCACUGUGCAGGAGCUAAUACGGUCCUUCUCCAUCGGUGCUACCGGUGUUGGAUUAUUUCUGUACAUGCCCCGUCUUCUGGAGCGCAUCGCACUCCCAUUGGCCACCCAGACGAAGCACGGACGAGCACUAAUGAACGCCAUCCGUCUCCUAGGUGCCUACCUCUCCGCCGACGCAAGCCUGCAAAGCCUCCAGCCCCUGCUCCUGUCCUACACUCUGAAGGACCUCUCCGCAGCCCUCGUCGAGCUGGACCCCCCAGCGAUCCUGGACGUGCUGCAGACGGAAAUCUUCCUCGCGCACUACUUCUUCUCGAGCAACCGCACGGUCGAGGGCGUGUAUCACAUGGACGCGGCGUCCGCGAUCGUGCUCGCACACCGUCUGCACAAGGUCCGCAGCACGCACUACCCGCGGACGCUCCCGAGCAGGGACGACAUCGAGGAGUGCGAGCGGAUCAACGCGUUCUGGAGCACGUUCAUCCUGGACAGGUGUUGGUCACCCAUCCUGAGCCGUGCGCCCAUCCUGACGGACGCGGAAGUCAGGGGGACGGAGAUCGAUACGCCUUGGCCGCUGAGCAUCGAGGCGUACGAGAAUCACCCGCUCCCAGCCGAAUGGCGCGGCUUCCAGACCGUGCAGAGGUUCCUAUUCGAUGCUCACUUCUCUAACAUCGAACAGUCCCCCCUCGCUCUGCACGCCAAGGCAGCAACGCUGUACAGCCAGGCCCGCCGCAUCGCCGACCAGUUCAACACCUACAUUACCCCUCUGGGAUGGGCAGAGCUCGACAGGCGCAUCGGACAGUUCAUACAGAGCCUGCCCUCGCUCGAGAGCGUCCAGCCCGGGGACCGCCACCUCCAGAGCACCCUGCUCGUCGUGUACACACUCGCGUGUGGCGCAGUCAUCGCGCUGCAGGAGCCCCUCUUGCACCACAGCGUCGGCACCACGAAAGCCGUCUCCGCCGCCUUCGAUGCUGUCAACGUGCUGAACCGCGUCGAUGUUCGCGGGGUGUGCGUAGACCCGAUGGUUGGCGCCGUACUGGUUGCUGUGGCUAAUGUUGUGGUGCGUACGCUGAGGCUCCGCAGGCAGAGCGCUUCCGGGGAAGCCAACGGCAUACGGAUGGCCUUGGCUCGUAUACGCUUUGCGCUGGGAGUGUGGGGCGAACGCAGUGCCUAUAUCAAAGAUCAGGAGUGUCGUGUUGCUGCCAUGCUGGAAGGAGUGUAA